AUGGCAGGAGUUACGAGUAUACUGAAAACCACAAAGUUUAUGCCAACAGUUGUAGUCAAUUCUACGAAUGUCUCAUCGUUGGAGGAGGUUGAUGUUUAUCCCGGACUUCCGUUAUCAGCAGUUGUGCCGUUGGCUGCGAUCAUGAUUUUGAUGAUUACUGUGAACGUGCUAGGGAACAGCAUCGUGUGUCUAAUAGUGUAUCAGAAGCCUGCCAUGCGUUCAUCGAUAAAUCUGCUGCUAGCGAACCUUGCAUUUGCUGACAUUCUGAUCGCUAUUACGUGCAUGCCGUUUGCUUUAGUGACGAUAUUUACCACCGAUUGGGUGUUUGGAAAAGUGAUGUGCCAGAUUUCUGCAUUUCUUCAUGUCUUGUUUUGUAUGGAGGCUAUUUACAUAUUAGCAACGAUAAGCAUUGAUCGGUAUUUUAUAAUUGUGCGACGAAAAGAUAAAUUGAAUCCAUACCGUGCGAGAAUUAUGAUCGGCACUUCCUGGAUUUUCAGUUGCCUCAUUAGCAUACCUCCCAUAUUUGGGUGGUCUGGAUAUGUCUUUGUUCGAGGAAGUGCACAGUGUUUACUUGAACGACCAGACAACGCCGCUGAUGCUAUUUAUGCAAUCAUUCAGCUACUCUGCCUAUUUUACCUGCCUUGCAUACUAAUGUCUUAUUCGUACCUUUGUAUUUUAAACACCGUACGAAGAAAUUCGUGCCGUGUGCAAAACCACCCAGAAUCACUGAGUGUAAGCCAGGCUAAUAAGCUAGGCCUAACAGGGAUUACAAGACCCGCCCGUGUGAACGUUGACAUGAGCUUCAAAACUCGAGCAUUUACCACUAUUCUACUGUUAUUUAUAGUAUUUGUGAUAUGUUGGGUUCCUUACGCAAUCACCCAUCUAAUUGUGCUAUUUGGGGACAAUUAUGGACAAAACUACUUACUGGAAACAAUAAUCCUGUGGUUAAGCUACUUGAAUUCUGCAUUUAAUCCAAUUAUCUAUUGCUGGAGGAUCAAGAAAUUUCGUGAAGCAUGUCGGGAGAUUAUUCCGAAAACUUUCAAACUGUGGCCAAAGUUACCAGGCAGAACCCAACGACGAAUCCGCCCUAGUGCAAUAUAUGAAUGCAAUGACCAAUCAGUUGUAUAA